UUUCUUUAUAGCUGCCUGUCAACAACCUUACAGCGUUUCCCUGUCACCAGCCUGUGUACACACUCUCUCAGUCCCACACUUUAUUAACGCUGUUUUCCUUCGGAUUUUAUUUUGAAUCAGAGAUGGAGUAGCUAACUUAUAUUUUUCCAUUGAAGUAGCAUCCGUUUACAGUUUUUUUUCCCUUUGACAAGAUGGAUUUUGUGUUUUUAGGAUUGAUAUUUUGUGUAAUUUUGCCGACUGUUUUGAACAAAGCGAUUCUGGAGGUACGGUUCGUCCGAUAUAUUAACCACGCAGGGACCGGGGAGAACGGACACUGCUGUGACGGGAGGGGAUUCUUCUGCUUCAGUAAAUGUGAUCAUCGCUUUGUCAUCUGUCUAGAUGAAGCAGAUAACAACAGAGACGUGAACCGUUGUCUUAUAGGGAGAAAGUCGUCAGGCGCCAUUGAUAACGCUAACGUCAAUAUAUUCGCCGACGCCUUCGGUGGAGUGAGAAAUCCAAUGAUAUUUUAUCUAGAUAUCUGGAAGGAGAAAGCACAACUUAAGGUUGAUGUUUUCGAUGUAGAUGAUAAUUCAGAUGAUAAAGUAGACUUUCUGUAUGGGAACUUCACAUUAUCUGCAGCAAAAACUAAAAAGUUGUCACGUGACCAGAGCUUCCGGUUAGCGACACCUAGGACUUUACUAGAUUACAAAGUGAGUGUUUAUUGUGAGGAGAACUACUACGGAACCGGAUGUGAUGUAAUGUGUGAGGAACGUAAUGAUGUUACAGGACAUUACACUUGUGACAUGAAGACAGGAGCGAAAGUGUGUAUGGAGGGUUGGGAGGGGGAUAAUUGUGAUAAACAGCCAGAGGAGAUGUGCGGGACACAGCGAUGUGGCCACAACCAGAUCUGUAACAAUGCCACCUCAGAAUAUACCUGCGGGUGUAUUAAAGGUUUUACAGGAGACAACUGUACAGAGCCAGUGCUAACAGAGUGUUCUGAUGGCUACUGUCACAACAAUGGAUCCUGUCACGUGACAAACAAUACCCUGACCUGUAACUGUACUAUAGGGUGGCGGGGGGAUAGGUGUGCGGAGGAGUAUGACCCCUGUGAGUUCAAUCCCUGUCAGAGAAAUGGAACGUGUAUACCUAAAGAUAAGGAAGGAUAUAUGUGUCUGUGUCCUAUAGAUUCACAGGGACUUCACUGCGAAAAUAUCAGUGUUUGUUUAACUCAGGAAAACGUGUGUUUGAAUGGUGGAAAGUGCAUACAGGAGAAUUACAAAGAGGACUGGUAUUUCUGUGAUUGUCCCGUGCAUUACAUAGGAAAGCAUUGUGAAACGUUAGUUAAGAAUGUAACAAACGUCGAAAAUGUGACGGAUAACGUUAACGUAACACAGACAGUAACGACAACUCCUGUCCCCACAAGUACUGUUACUGAAGCGCCGAAAGCUGUGGUGGUUUUACGCGGGAAGGUAGACAACAGAAAUGAAGAGGAAGUCAGAAAAGCACUUAUGAAAAUUAUACAUGAUUUUACAAAUAUUAAAGGGACGCUGACGUUGGACAUUGAGAAGGAUGUCUUUAAAACAGAGGAGGGUGAAAUCUUAACUGAGAUAGGAGUAAGAGGAACGUCGGACGGAGAACCCUUCAAUGUCGGAGAGUUACAGCGCGUGCUCUCUGACUCCCACGCCUCAAUGGUGGAUAGCUAUCUCCCGAUUCCGCGGAAUCUCCCCGACAGCCACACCCAUACACCGCUGCCAAACGCCUCCCAAAAACAAAUCCAGCAUGACGGCUGGAUUCAUCAUUAUUGGUUCGUUGUCCUACUAGCUGUUUUAGCCAUCGUAGCUCUUGUGAUGUUUGUCAUUGGUUUUAUCAUUAUUAGAAAGAAAAAAUCUCUAGAAGAAAUGGACAAUAAAGCAAACGUGGCGAGGAGCAGUACAAAUGUGACGGAUUCUAAUACUUCUAAUGCUCAGUCUUUUGAGAACUCUCUGUAUUUUGAAAUGAAUAACCAAAAACAGGGGAGCGGGAAAGUGAAUUUUAAAGCAAUGCCGUGACGUCACUGUGGACCUUAACAAAUGUCUCAACAUCAAGCAGCCAGCGCCAUUUUCUUUAAAUGCUUGUAAACCAAAUGCUUUCUAAGAGUGUGCCAAAUUGAGGACUCGAUUGUAGCAUAUGCUUUUGUAUAUUCAUUUUAAAAGAAUAUAAUCACACUGCCUUAACAACAGGACUGACUAUGUGGAGUGAUCUUGGUUUUUUCUGCAUGAGUGGAACGUGAAUUGAAUCCUUGCUUUGAUUUAAAAUUGACUUAAGUGUGAAUUGUUUGAAUGUUUUUGAUGCAAUUUGACGUUAUUAGACAAUACCAAUUAAGGUGUUGAUUAUUAUAUAUAAGACAUGUUUGUGCCAUGACUGAAAAGUUUGCAGUGAUUUUUUAGUUACCAAUUUAAAACACUAUUCUAUUACUUGUAGUAGGCAAUCUCUUGUUAGAGGUAGCAUUUAUAUACAUUUUGUUAAUUAAUACUUUUGUACUGAUACACAUGUUGUACUGACAUUAAAAACCCUUCUUCUUUGUGUGUACAUGAAUAUCAGAGGAUGUUUGGAAUGUCUAGAUUAGUUAUGCAUUUUGAAAAAUAAAUAUAUAUACAGUAA